AUGAGCCCUGCAGAAACAAAAGAUAAGGAGGCGAUUCUCUGCAACCGCCUCCAUUGCGAUGUGACCAUCACAGAGGAUGGAGAUGUUCCCCAGACCAAGAGUGACAUGGCUCUGAGAGUACUCUUGGAGAAUGAGAUCCACAGGGGGAAACUCCUGCCACAAGAAUGGCGGGCCAGUUGCAGUUGCCCCCUGGCCGACCCAGCAGCUCAGUGCCAGACUGAGCUGGAGCCACAGGACCUCAGCCCCAUGAACUGCCACCACAGAAUGCGUGGAGAUGGGAAGUGGGACACAUGGGCAUCUGAAAAAAAAAUCUGCUUCAUCCAUGACCUGCCUGAUGAGGUGGACUUCCAGAGUCCAGCAGACUCCAGGUGCCCACCCGGAGUAGCAGCCUACAGCUUCUCCCAGCAGUUUACGGUGACCACCAUAGUUGAGGAUGUCUUGGGGAGCAGAGAUUAUGACCUUGCCAUCCGCAGUCUGCCAGCUGUGAGCAGAGACAAUUCCGAGCACCUGCACUGGAAUCUGGGAGUUUCAGAGACCUGGGAUGCCUCAAGGAUCCUUUCUCUGCAACAUGAAAAUUGGGGGCCGGAUAUAGUGGCCCAUCCUGUCUGCCCCAGGGAGUGGGGAGGAGGCCCCUUGACCCUGUCAUUCACCUCACUACAACCUUGUUCAAACUUGAGUGGGGAAUGGAGUGCCACAGAGCUGGUCAGUGGCUGGACAGAGAUCUUUGAGAAGAUAGGCAUCCCAGAGGUCCUGGAAUCCAGUGAGGACAUCAUGGCUCACGUCCUUGGAACCAAAACAGUUAAGGAACUGGUAGAAUGGGUGCUGGAGGAGGUAGUCCAGCAUCCCCAUGUGGCUGGAACCCACAGUGACCCUCUCAUUCUGGAGGUGGGCUGUGAUUCAGGAGCAGUUUUGCUCAGCUUGUUGAACCAGCUUCAUGACAGCCAAGUCAUUGCUGUGGAUAAGGAUGAAGCCUCCAUCAGACUGACCCAGAACAAUGCUCAAAGGCUUAGGCUGCCAGACAGAAUUUGGAUCAUCCCCCUUGAUGUGACCUUAGAGGGGAGCUGGAUACUCCUUUUGCCCUGGGCACCCCUGGAUCCAGUUACCAGCAACCCUCCCAAUGUCUUCCACCAGGACAUGGAGCAGCUGGCCCCAGAAAUCCUCAG